UUUUGGCAACUUCUUCGAAUACUGAUCUUAAUCUCACCAUUCAAAGCUUCUACUAGUUUUCCUUCGAGACAACUUCCAAAGCAAAAUGAUUUUGAUGAAACAUAUUUGUUGACUUUAUGGAUGACCAAUACAACUACGAAGAAUAUGAUACAAGAAUACCUCAUUCUAUGUCCAGAACAAGACAUGUGUUUGGGGUCCAUGUUUAAGCGAAACUUUCCUUUUUUUGACAAAUCAGCCUGCACACCAUGUGAAUGUGACGAUUCUUGUGUAAGACGAUCCACAUGUUGUCCCUCCAAGUUCUACAGACAGACAGACACUCCAUACUUUAUUGAAUACCAGAAGAAUAUAAGCAUUACCGAGAAAGAAACUCCAAUGUCUUGUUUUGAACCCUUAUGGAACCCAAAAGGAAUAAGAUCCAAAAGAUCAUAUUGGAUGAUAAAAACCUGUCCUAAUGAUAUUAAUUGUAUAUCACCACCCUCUAUAAACAUAUCGAGUUCUACCCCUGUGACGUCAUUGGCUACCAAUCAAACCUAUCGCAACAUUCAAUGUGCAUUGUGCAACAAAGAAGAAACGCCCAGUCUAGUCGAAUGGGAAAAGAAAAAGUUCUGCAAUUUACGAUCUGCUCUCUUCGCAAAAGAAGACGUCAAUUCUCUAUAUCAAUCAGUCUUUUCCUUAAAUCCUGUAUGCAAUAUUGGAUUUUAUCCCUCAACCUUCUAUGAGGAUAAAGUCCAACCAUGUGUUGAGUAUACUCAUGAAGAUAAAUGCAACGAGUCAAACACUGAAAAUAACGUUGUCGAUGCUUAUCUUAUAAAGGCUUGUCAAGAGUUUUAUCUGCCAUACAUUUUUUAUAAUAUCAUCUACAAAAACAUAUAUUGUGCCCUUUGCGAACACGACAUUACAAAUCUUCCAAUUCAGUACUUCUCUGGAAAAGAGUGGGGUGAAGAUUUUCUGCCGAAUCCCUUUUCCGCACUUAUUAAUUUUCAGCAGAUUCCAGAUGAACCCAUUAAAAAGAGCUUAGCGUGUGCGAAAAACCAAAUGUUGGACAAUCGAUUGGUAAGUUUUUAAAUAGAUUAGUUUUAUUUAAUCUCGUUCUUUUGAGAAACAAUACAUAUGCUUCCCCUUUCGUGAUUGCUUUUGACAGCCAUGACCCCUUGCGGUCAGGACGGCGAUCCAUUGAAAGUUCCUUAUGUUAAUAUAUUUAAAAGAAACUUUUUUAUUUAAAAAUAAAAUAAAAACUAAAAAGUU